UAGCCCGGUGAGGUUUGUGUCCCAUUCUCUGACGCCCCAAGGUUUGUUGACCUGCAGAAUGCUUCGAUACCAAUAUUGUAGAAAAUAUAAGGAACUUUUUUCAUGCUGGCUGGAGCCUAGCAUACUCAAUUUGGGUAUCUGGCCAAAAAAAAUACAUACUACAGCAGAAAGAUAUAAUGAAGAUGACGCGGAGAAGCAAACAGUUCAAACUGGAGCUCAAGAGUUGCACAGCUGUCAAGAUAAAGAUUCUGAAGCUACAACUAAAUUACAUAUUCCAGUCAUGGUGGAUGAGGUUGUCCGUUGUUUAGCACCUCAAAAGGGGCAGAUUUUUCUAGAUAUGACAUUUGGUUCAGGAGGACAUACAAGAGCCAUUCUAAAGAAGGAGCCAGAUAUUACUCUGUACGUCUUAGACAGAGACCCAACAGCUUAUGCAAUAGCGGAACAGCUUUCAGAAUUGUAUCCUAAACAGAUCCAAGCUAUGCUAGGUCAGUUCAGCCAGGCAGAAGCCUUAUUAAUGAAAGCUGGUGUCCAGCCAGGGACUUGUGAUGGAGCUGUUUUGGAUCUUGGGUGUUCCUCCAUGCAACUUGAUGCUCCUGAAAGAGGUUUUUCCCUUCGGAAAGAUGGCCCCUUGGACAUGAGGAUGGAUGAUGACAGGUACCCUGACAUGCCCACCGCUGCUGAUGUUGUGAAUGCUUUAGAUCAACAGGCACUUGCAUCCAUCCUAAGAACAUAUGGGGAGGAGAAGCAUGCCAAGAAAAUCGCUUCAGCAAUCGUUCAGGCACGCAGCAUCUACCCCAUCACCAGAACCCAGCAGCUUGCCAGCAUUGUUGCAGGUGCAUUUCCUCCCUCUGCUCUUUAUGCACGAAAAGACUUGCUGCAGCGGUCUACCCAUAUUGCUACCAAGACUUUCCAAGCUCUUCGCAUAUUUGUCAACAAUGAGCUCAAUGAACUCUACACAGGACUAAAGACAGCUCAGAAGUUUCUGAGACCAGGUGGUCGCCUCGUUGCCCUCUCCUUCCAUUCACUAGAAGAUCGCAUCGUCAAAAGAUUCUUGCUUGGAAUAAGCAUGACAGAAAGGUUUAACUUAAGUGUUAGACAGAAGGUGAUAAAAACAUCACAGCUGAGUUCAGGUCAUGAAAACAAUGAAGGAGGAGUUUCUAUGAGAAGAGCUUCUCUAACAUGGGAAUUGAUACAUAAGAAGGUACUUACUCCAGAAGAUCAGGAUGUACAAGACAAUCCCAGAGGGCGCUCAGCCAAGCUUAGAGCAGCUAUCAAAUUAUGAGAAAGUUACCUUUCUUCUAUUCUUCAAAUUUUUUCUCCCAGUUUUUCUAAUUUUUUUUUUCAUGUAACAUUCUUGAACAGCUUAAUACAGCUUUAAGUGCGAGGCAGUCUGGAAAUUGAUGGCAUUUAGCAUUAUGUUUUUUCUCUAAAAGAAACUGUAAGAAAUAUUAGCAUGACACAGAAACUCCAGGAGCAGCAACAUCACAAGACUGGAAAAAUGUGUUUACUUUUGCAUUGUUUUUGACUUUUGAAAUGCAACCUUUUCUCUGGCCAGGGUAUAC